AUGGCGUACCUUCUCUACAACUACAAGCCUUCCCUGCCAGCUGCCGUUAUUUUCGUGGUUCUAUUCCUCAUAGCCACUCUUCUUCACGUUUUCCUUGCCUACAAGCACAAGACCAAGUUCCUGGCCGCGUUUAUCAUCGGCGGUUUGAUGGAGGCAAUUGGCUAUGCAACACGAGCCGUCAACGCCCACCAAUCCCCGAAUUAUUCUACGAUGCCAUACGCACUGCAAAGCCUUUUCAUAUUGCUUGCUCCGUCCUUAUUUGCAGCCUCUAUCUACAUGAUCCUUGGCCGUAUCAUACGCCUGACGCAUGGCGAUAGUAGAUCCAUCAUUGGGCCAUCGCGAUUGACCAAAAUUUUCGUCCUUGGUGACGUUCUGUCUUUUCUGAUUCAAAGUGGAGGAGGUGGGAUCAUGUCCAGUGCUAAAUCGGAGAGCUCCCUCAAGCGUGGCGAGCAAGUCAUUAUUGUCGGUCUCAUCGUUCAGAUUGUAUUUUUCGGAUUCUUUUGCGUUGUCGCAGUGGUGUUUCAGCAACGCGUCACCCAGCGCCCAACCGAAGAGUCCUUGAAAACGCUAGGGAUUUGGCGUCGGUAUCUGUUCGUGUUAUACGUUGCUAGUCUGCUGAUCAUGGUUCGGUGUGUCUAUCGAGUGGUUGAGUAUAUCCAGGGCCAAACAGGAAUGCUGCAAAGCCACGAGUACUUUGCAUACAUUUUCGAUGCACUUCUCAUGUUUGCCAUCAUGGUCAUUCUUAUGAUUUUCCACCCCAGCCAGGUUGUCCCAAAUGAGGAGGAGUCUGAGCAGUCUGGUUUGAUGUAUGAAAGACUGAGUUGCUAG